CCGCCCCUCCCCGCCGCGCCUGCGUCGCAGCCCCGAGUGCAGCGGAGCACGUGCAGGAGGCCAAGCGAUGGCGUCGUUGCUGCGCGGAGGCGACGCUGGCAUGGUGGACAACGAAUGGCUCAACGGCCAUUUUUCAAAUCUCACCCACUCGAAGGAGGAGCUGCUGAAAGGGAUCUACGCGAUGGGAUUUAACAGGCCGUCCAAGAUCCAGGAGAUGGCCCUCCCCAUGAUGCUGGCCCACCCACCCCAGAACCUCAUAGCCCAGAGUCAGUCCGGAACAGGCAAAACAGCUGCCUUCGUGCUAGCGAUGCUGAGCAGAGUGAACGCCCUGGACUUGUUCCCGCAGUGUCUCUGCCUGGCUCCCACUUACGAGCUGGCCCUGCAGACCGGCCGCGUGGUCGAGCGGAUGGGCAAGUUCUGUGUGGAUGUUCAAGUGAUGUACGCCAUUCGAGGGAACCGAGUCCCCAGAGGCACUGCCAUCACCAGACAGAUCGUCAUCGGCACGCCCGGGACUGUUCUCGAUUGGUGUUUCAAGAAAAGACUGAUCGACCUGAGCAAGAUCCGCGUGUUUGUCCUGGAUGAGGCGGACGUAAUGAUUGACACCCAGGGGUUCUCGGAUCAGAGCAUCCGAAUUCAAAGAGCCUUGCCCUCCGAAUGCCAGAUGCUCCUCUUCUCGGCGACCUUCGAGGACUCGGUGUGGCAGUUCGCGGAGCGGAUCGUGCCGGAGCCCAACGUGAUCAGGCUGCGCCGGGAGGAGCUGACGCUGAGCAACAUCCGCCAGUUCUACGUGCUGUGCCAGGGCCGGCGCGGCAAGUACCAGGCCCUGUGCAACAUCUACGGCGCCGUCACUGUCGGCCAGGCCAUCAUCUUCUGCCAGACACGUCAGAAUGCCAAGUGGCUGACGGUGGAGAUGAUGCAGGACGGCCACCAGGUGUCUCUGCUGAGUGGGGAGCUGACCGUGGAGCAGCGUGCAGCCAUCAUUCAGCGGUUUCGGGACGGGAAGGAGAAGGUUCUCAUCACCACCAACGUGUGUGCCCGAGGGAUUGAUGUGAAGCAGGUCACGAUCGUGGUGAACUUCAACCUGCCCGUCAGUCGAGCGGAGGAGCCUGACUACGAAACCUACCUCCACCGCAUCGGGCGGACGGGGCGCUUCGGGAAAAAGGGCCUCGCCUUCAACAUGAUCGAGGCGGACAAGCUGCCCCUGCUCAUGAAAAUCCAGGACCACUUCAACAGCAGCAUUAAGCAGCUCGACCCUGAAGACAUGGAUGAAAUCGAAAAGAUCGAAUGUUGAGGAGCGGAUCUUCCCUGUGCGGGGUGUCCUGGUUCGUGGGAACGCCCAGUGGGUUUGGAGGGUAGACUACACGGAGACUUUCACCGCGACCACGCGGGGCGGACGUGUGCGCUGUGAGGAUCCGAGGUCUCCUGAAACCAAAUUCACGUGAAGUGUGUGAUCCUUUUGAAUAAAAAAAGCAAAAUGA